AUGAUUCCUCAUUCCUCCGCCGGCCAACCCUGGGCCUAUCCGACGCGCGAUCCCAAUGGAGGGCCCGUACGGGUUGACCUGGCACAAGCGGCCGGUCAUUUUGAUUCAUCAUCGGCCGUCUCACAGCCAAUCCGCAGGGCCGAUGCCGUCGCAACCGGCGGCCCGUCACACAUCUUCGGUCGAGACGAGCAGUACGGAUCGCACGAUCCGCGGAGCCCCGGAGCACACCCACCGGCACGGGUUCACGGCCACAACUCUCGUGGCGGGGACGACCCUCCUGGUCCUUUCAGUCGGUUAUAUCGGAGAUCCCGGGCCAUGAUCAUCGAAGUUCAGAACAUGCUUCAGGGUCGAAACCACCAUCUCCACCUCCAUUUCCCGCUCAGCUAUGGAUCAGUGACCCGCAGAGCGCCAGCCGAUGCAGAUUCGGAGGCUUGUGACCCUCCUCCGGUUAAGAAGGUAUCGACGACACCGUACCGGAUCGAGACACCUGCCGCUGCUCCGAUUCUCAAGGGAGACAAGGUCGCGGGCUUUGCGCCAUGGACUGGAAAGCACCCGGAGGAUAUAUUGAACGAGCAGACUGCAAAUCAGGUUACUACGAUCGGACACAGGUGUCUCAAAAUGAAUCAACACCGCCCGCCAGCACUGUAUGCCCAGCUGAAGCAUCGGACGGGGUUACAGAUGCUUUCAACGGUCUUCACUGCGGCACUCGAGAAGCGUCAAAACCACAGCACAGUACAUGCUCCAUCAACAUUCAAACCACCACCCCGUGUCACGCUCACUGACAACAAGCGAGAAGCUUGGCUUCGCGAUCUGGCCAAUUCGACGGUACCCCUUCGCCGAUUGAGCAGGACGAUUCCCCAUGGUAUUCGGGGCAAGGUGUUUGCUGGAUCAAUGCCUCAGCAAAUGGAUCCCAGUAGCCCGGCGGUUUGGCUCGCAAAGUGCGUUGGCGCCAAUGAAAUUCGCGCCUUCAAGCGAAAAGGCACAAGUGGUGCUUUGGCCACCGGGCUCGAAGCCAAGUGGGUUCGAGAAUGGACAACCAACGUGCAACAAUUCGUGGAGGGGGUCUUCGCUACGCCCAAAGUGACGGAUUGGAAAGCCAAGAUGACCUAUGCGGUGGGUCUGAGUGCGCGUCUCUUUUUCGAAAACCUGCUCGACCACGAACAGUUUCUGGAAUGGUUCUUAGCGUCCUUUGAGGCUGCUUCUUUGGCGACUGUGCCGGUCUGGGUGUUGAUGCUAGGAAUCUAUUGGGACAACAUCAUGCGGUUUAGGCGCCGAGGCCGGCGUUUGGUGGAGAUUCUCCUCGAAAAGCUUCGCCAGACGAUUACUGCCAAGAUCGAUGCCCUCCGUCCCCUCCUUGACCGCUUGUCUCGCUUCGUCAGGAAGAUCGCGCAUGAACAUACAUCCUCGAUGAUUAUUCCUGUUUCAUGGGACGUAUAUAAAGAUUGCAUUCGCCAAUCUCUGGACUUGUCCAACAACGUUGACCGCGCUCUACUUCAAAAUAUCGCAGAACGAAACGUGCGGGUCCAAAGACCUCGAAAUAGCCAACGGUCAAGCCAGGUCUCCUCCCAUCAACAUCAGCGGAUUGUUCGCCUUUUUGAUUCGAUACAAUCCGCUCACGACGUUCUCACAGUGUCGGCUGCAUGCUUUGAGGCACUUGGCAAUGGACUUGCUCUAGUAUCAAAGCUGCUAGAAUGGCUCGCAACGCCUUUUCGACAUGGCGUCCGCCGGGUUUACGUGGGCGUACGUCUCCUGCGGAGGUGGAAGGCAUGUGGCGUUGAUGUAGACCAACACAUCUUAUGUUUUCUCGCAAAUGCAGGUGUCAACAAGAAGAUUGACUUGGAGAAUGUCUAUCACACCAUCUCUGAGCUCGUCCGGUCACAGACAUUUUCAGUUGGUCGGUAUCUUCAAUGGCUCAUGGCGAAGGGAGCUCCGAGUCGCCAAAUUGAUGACAACGUGCCUCCGGUCAAUGUGGCAGGUGAUGUUGAGCUCAUCACACAGUUGCCCGUUUGCCGCCUACCUGAACACGUUUGUAACCUGCGCAGGACUUUGAUGGUGCGGACCGGAUAUUCGGCGACAGAGGAAGCCCUAAUGAUCGAAAGUAUUAAGACGGCCAUCACGCAUCGUCUUCCUGCCUUGUUUAACUUGUCGAUGCCAUUAGACAAUGUGCCUCAAUCGCUACCAACGAGUCUUCCGUGGUCGGUCAAGGCCGAAGUCACUCAGUGGCUUCGGCGUUGUGUCGUUGAACACACCCGUGUGAGCACUUGUGUGCCGCAAUCAUCUCUACCUACUCUAUCCAGCCAGAUCAGCGCUCUCACACCCGACGAGUUUUAUCUCGUUCGCGACAUCCUCGAAAAGUUCGGUGAUAUUUCGAUCUUGGCUGAUGUAUUGAAUGUUGCAUCUAGCUCAGACGACUCGAUUAUCCUUGCCUCCAUCGCUGAUACCAUUCACUGUCAUCUUGAUGUGUUGUUGGUGAUCGGCGCUGCGAUGGAUCUCUUCCGCAAAGUGGUCGGGGCAUAUUCUAACGUCAAACGGAACGGCCUCCCGAGCCUCGACAUGAUCUUCUCGUUGAUCGAGCUCGGUCUUCGUAUGCCUAGUGAAUCGCACACCGUUGCCAUUCUUCGCCAAGACCUCCUGCGUCUUGAGAAUAGGUCUGUUGUGGCUGCUUGCUCGCCAGUCUCAGACCAUAUUCCAGACAGCCUUGGUGACGCAGAUCCCCUCUUACGGGAGAAGCUCGACCAUCUCUUGUACGUCGGGAAUGUUAUUGACGAACCAACUAUGGAGGCGCUAUUUCAAUCUCUCACGAAGCAUCUCGAGGGGGACGAUGGGAAGUCGAGUCUGUCGGCAAAUGACACUUGCAGAUACUUGGCGCAGUUGCGGUCUUUCCAACCUAAGCACUUCGAUGUGACACUUGCUCGAUGGGUGUGCAUGCGCAUAAAGUCAUCGGACCGGUCGCAUUUCAUGCGCGUCUUGCCUCCACUUAUUGGCGUCGGAUGUGUGACUAUUCGGUCAUUCUGGUCUCUUGCAAAAAGGCUGUCCGCUUCCGCCAACACUAUAUUGGAUGCUGCGGAUUUGCCCACGGAUUUGCUCGGACUUUUGAUGAUCGAAGAUCGCGGCGCGCCAUUCCUCGAUCUCGUAUCCUAUCGCUUUGAGAUGUCCCGGCAGCAAUUCAUUUCAAAUAACACGGACAUGAUUCUUUCGAUCUUAUACGACGCUACUGCUUCUCUGAGCGGUACCGACAAAGUCGCGACGGCCAAGUACACCGAGCUGGAGAACUCAAUGAUCGGGUUGUUGGUAGAGUUGCUCAUGCGGAAUCCCACCACCUCAAGUCAAUUCUGCUUAGAGCGAAUCGAAAGCCAACCGGUCGUCUUCACGUCUGUUGUCAGGAAAGCUCUCGACGUGCUUCUUGGCUCAUCCUCCCAGCGGGGGCAGCAGUCGGUUAUUGAGGAGGUGGAAAAGCUGGCACUUGGCGCGGAUGAGUUCUCACUUCCGCUAUGCCAGUUGAGACUUCAAAUCAUCUUUCAGAUGCAGUCGACUCCUCAGGAUCGCAGCAAGCUAGUCGAUGCGAUGUUUCGGACAGUCGUUGCUGGCUCUGGCGCACAAAGGCCUCCAUGGAUCGAUCUCGUGGCCUUGAUGAGUUCCGAUUCUGUGCGUCACAUUCGCGAGAGGGCAGAGAAGGAGUUUCUUGCAAUCCCACUACUAGAAGAGCCUAUUCUCUCCGAAGGCAUGAAGAAUUUGAAUGCCGCAAGGCUCUAUCUCUCUGUUAUUGAGCAACUUGCAUCCAGCAUUCCGGACUCCGGCGUACCGACAAUUGCACCUCUCAUUGUUGACAAACUGGAAAGUCUCUUGCACAAGUUCGUGGCCAUCCAGAGCAGUCAAGCUGACAAUCGCGGCGCUCAAUCGGCUGCCCAUGAUUGCCACCGUGAUUCGGAGCGCUUAUUGGCCUUUUGGUUUUCAGCGUUCUGCAAAUUAGUGAUCAUCCAUCGCGUUUCUUUUGCACAAACGGCUUCUGCUCUCAAAGUUGGUCCCUCACCAGAACAGCCCCGUCUGCUGGUCUUACUUCUCUCGAUCGCCUUAUGUCGGCUCCCAAACAUUAUGUCGAGUGGCCCUUCCGGGGCAGAUAACUCUCCGCACCAGGGCGCCGGUAGCGGUGGUCAGACAUGCCCUGCUGUCCCCUUGCAGACCUACGCGUUGGAUCUGGUAGCGUCAUUGGUUGAUGUUUUCCCUGAUGAGGCUCGUCAUCAGUGCGCCAGGAUAUUGAAAGAAAAGUGUCCGCCUUUUGCAGCCCUUCAAGACGACUCGCGUUUUGUCUACCUCCUGGGCCCCAUUCCCGAUAUCAACACUUCUGGGAUGGUCCAGGCUACAUCUGCCCAAUCUCCUAUGGCGUCUGCCUCCACCCCCACGGCCGUGCCUGCCACCAGUUCCAACGCGCGCGAUGCAGCUCAAACCCCAUCCGUGAACGCAAAUCCCGGGUUCUCUGAGAACCCGGCCUGCAUAACGAACCGGCUGCGCCUUGAACACCGUGGGCGUACCAUCGGCCCAUACCCUGUUCGACCGUGGGAGCUUCUUGAGGAUGCCGCUCCCUUUGUUGGUUUGAACGACACCGCGGUCAAUCUGGGCUACUUUGAUGCCAGACGUGUGCGUGUUUAG